AUGUCCGAAGGCUCCCGCUCCUCACACUCCCCCCAAGCACCCUCAGGCUCCGAAUCUGACUUGGGCACACUAUCAUCAUGGUCCUGCCAAUUAUGUAGAUUUCGAAAGUUGAAAUGCGACAAAGUCCUUCCGCAAUGUAGUCGCUGUGCCAAGACGGGCGAGAAAUGCGAUUAUCCUUCCGCCAGGAAAAAGCCCGUGAUUAAUCCGGCCAUGAGACCAAAGUUGCGCGAUAUGCAAAGUCGAAUCAGGGACUUGGAGGCAAGGUUGGAGUCGCAGAGUAGUCCGCCUGAGUUCUCGUUCAGUACGGAACUCAUUGACACUGGUCGGUUUGAGAGGUUGCCGCCGCCACAUUUGGUUGAUGAGCUCACCACUAUAUACUUCACCAAACUCCAGUCCGACUCAUUCAUGAUCCACGGCGAGAGAUAUAUCGCUUCUCUCUACAGACCGACACACAUGCAACCACCCGUGUGUCUUCAAUAUGCCAUCCUGGCUGCUGGAGCAAGUGCAUCACCUAUGUACGGACAUAUGGCUGAGGCAUUCUACGUGCGAGCACGGCAGUAUAUUCAGGCGGAUGAGAUGAAGAGCGACAGCGAACAAAUUACACUGGCCCACUGCCAAGCAUGGGUUCUCAUCGGCCACUUCGAAGCCCAGCACUUGUGGUUCUCAAGAGCAUCAAUGAGCAUAGCCCGGGCCAUCCGACUAGGACAUAUUCUCGGACUUCACCGCCUGGAUGGUAAGAACGCUGCUGGCCUGAUGUUACCAGUCGCCGUGGACUUCACAGAGGAGGAAGAACGAAGAAACACGUUUUGGAUUAUCUUUACGACUGAUCGGAUCACGAGUAGCACUGGUGGUUGGCCUACGAUGAUGGACUGGCGCAGCAUACAAACGCGAUUACCAACAUCUAUCGACGCUUUCCUCUCCAGUACCCCAGUCCCAACAAUAACACUCAAACAAGCCCUCGGCCAAGGCAUGUUCGAGCUCUCCACGAGCGCCUGCAGAGUCGUCGCCGUCCACCUCUUCAACGAAUGCUUCAACUUCUCAAGAGCGAGCGAAGAAGACGAAGAUAAUAACGACUGGAGUCAACUUGAAAAGUUAGACGAGGCGGUCACUAACGCCUUUGCGACUCUGCCUGCUGAUCUGCGAUGUCCUGAGAACAUGGAUAAUCCUGCUGCUGUUCUCAUCAAUCUUCAGUUACACACAGCUCUGAUCUGUAUUCAUCGCGCGGUAACGACCCGGUCGCAGAUGGAUAUGGCGCUAUUGCCACAUAUUAACUCAAGAGUUAUGGAGUCUGCACUUCAAAUUAUGAUGACUGUUGCGUUGGUCAAUGACCUGACCAUCAGAUUCCGCAAUCCUCUCGUCUCAUUCGCUACCUUCAUCGCAGCAUCAUUCUUCCUGACGGACUUCUUGACAACCGGCAAUCGUCAAAGCGAAGAUAACUUUACAGCGCUUAUGAGCGUUAUGACCGAGGUUGGAAAGACGAACAUGUUUGCUGCGUCGUUGGCUGUGCGGUUGGCGCAGAACUUGAGAGCUUCUGGAGUGGAUCAAACAACCGUUGGAAAGGUUGGAAUGUUAAUGGCGGAGUUGGAUAUUGAUGGGCCCAUUCCUGGCCAGGAAGAUGAAGAGAAUGGGAUCGUGGUGCUUUGUCCUCCUGCGAUAACGCCAGAACAGGUCAAUUUGGAACAGGGUAUCUUCUGGUAG